CUAUAUCUCCUUGUGAUUUGUCAGGAUGGUCCCAAGUGCUAUUCCAAGAUUGAACGGAGUUUUUACAAGGAUGGAGACAUUGAGAUUGCUUCCUUUUUCCCCAUUUACAUACACCUCGUUAACAGAAUCAUGAAUAUUUUCCAAAGCGAUCUCACAUUCAUCCGGUUUCAAUCCAAAAACUACCAAUAUGUUCUGGCCUUGGUUUUUGCUAUUGAGGAGAUCAACAAGAACACCCAUCUUUUACCCAACAUGACAUUGGGAUUUGAUCUCUAUAAUGUCAUGCACAGUGACAUGAUGGUGAUGGAGAAUCCCUUCAUCUGGCUUGCGGGAAUGGAAAAGUAUGUUCCCAAUUACACGUGUAGGAAACAGAGCAAGUCUGUAGCCGUAAUAUCAGGAACAAGCAUUGCUGCCCAAAUGGGGACACUCCUGGAACUCUACAAAAUUCCACAGCUGACUCUUGGAUCUUUUGAACCUCUUCUGAGUGACAGUGCUCAGUUUCCUUCUGUCUAUCAGAUGGCCCCCAAAGACACUUCUCUGGCCCAUGGCAUGGUCUCCUUGAUGCUUCAUUUCAGCUGGACCUGGGUGGGUUUGGCCAUCUCAGACCUCCCAAAAGGUAUUCAGUUUAUGUCUGAUUUGAAAGUCGAGAUGCAGAAGAAUGGCAUCUGUGUAGACUUUGUGGAAUUCAUCCCAGUCACUGAGGAGUCACAUAAUUCAUUCCAGAGGCUGUAUCAUAUCCAGAUCCUAAAAUCAUCAGCAAAUGUGGUGAUUCUUUUCUGUGACACUGAUUCACUCAUAGGUGUCAGCUUUCCAACAUGGGAACGUGUAAUGACAUGGAAAGUCUGGGUCACCACCUCACAAUGGGAUUUUGCCAGCGAUGAGCAUCAUAUCCUGCUCCACUCAUUCCAUGGGACUCUCAUUUUUUCACACCACCAUAGUGAGAUCUCUGGUUUCAAAAACUUUCUUCAGACAGUUAACCCUUCCAAAUACCCAGAAGACUUUUACCUCUCUACAUUCUGGUCACUACAUUUUGAUUGCUCAGUUACUGGGCCAUCCUGCAAAACCUUGAGAAACUGUCCACUGAAUGCCUCCUUGGAAUCCUUGCCUUUUCAUCAUUUUGAUAUGAGCAUGAGUGAUGGGAGUUACAACAUAUACAAUGCUGUGUAUGCUGUGGCCCACAGUGUACAUGAGAUGCUUCUACAAGAGUUAGAAAUGCAGCCAGUGAGCAGUGGGUCAAAGGUGGAAUUUUCUCCUUGGCAGUUGCACCCAUUUCUCAAGAACCUCCAACUUACCAAUCCUGCGGGUGACCUAGUGAAUUUGAAUCACAUGAGGAAUUUGGAAGCUGAAUAUGACAUUCUCAACUUUCUGAAUUUUCCAUAUGGUGUUGGACAUAAGGUUAAAGUAGGACAGUUUUCCCCGUAUGUUCCACAGAGCCAACAGUUGUCUCUCUCUGAGAAUUUGAUAGAGUGGGCCACAGGAAUUACAGAGACUCCACGUUCAGUAUGCAGUGAGAGUUGCAGCCCUGGAUUCAGGAAAGCCCCUCUGGAGGGGAAGCCUACCUGUUGUUUUGAUUGCACACCUUGUUCUGAGAAUGAGAUUUCCAAUCAGACAGAUAUGGACCAGUGUGUGAAGUGUCCAGAUCUUCAGUAUGCCAACACAGAGCGAAACCAGUGCUUCCACAAAAGAGUGACCUUUCUGUCGUUUGAAGAUGCCCUGGGGAUGACCCUGGUCUGCACAGCUCUGUGCUUCUCUGUCCUCACCGUUGUUGUCCUUGGGGUCUUUGUGAAGCACCGAGACACUCCCAUAGUCAAGGCCAACAAUCGUUGUCUCAGCUACAUCCUGCUCAUCACCCUCAUCUUCUGCUUCCUCUGCUCCUUAGUGUUCAUUGGUCGUCCCAACAAAACCACCUGUGUCCUCCAGCAGACCACAUUUGGAGUGGUAUUCACUGUGGCUAUUUCCACUGUCCUGGCCAAAACUAUCACUGUGCUUCUGGCCUUCAGGGUCACUGGCCCAGGGAGAAGAAUGAGACACUGGCUGAUAUCAGGGUUACCUAACUCCAUUAUUCCCAUCUGCUGCCUGAUCCAACUGGCUCUCUGUGGCUUCUGGCUUGGGACUUCUCCUCCCUUUAUUGACACAGAUGCACACUCUGACCAUGGCCACAUCAUCCUGGUGUGCAACAAGGGCUCGGUCACUGCCUUCUACUGUGUCCUGGGCUACCUGGGUUCCUUGGCCCUGGCCAGCUUUACUGUGGCUUUCCUAGCCAGGAAUCUGCCUGACACCUUCAAUGAAGCCAAAUUCCUGACAUUCAGCAUGCUGGUGUUUUGCAGUGUCUGGGUGACCUUCUUGCCUGUCUACCACAGCACCAAGGGGAAGGUCAUGGUGGCUGUGGAGGUCUUCUCCAUCUUGUGCUCCAGUGCAGGGCUCCUGGGCUGCAUCUUUGUUCCCAAGUGCUACAUUAUUCUCUUCAGACCUGAGAAGAAUGCUUUGAAAGGAUUCAGGGAUAGAAUAAUUUCCAAGGAAACAGAUGUUCUCAGGAAUAGCUCUUAGGCUCUCUCAGUUUUCAAUGGUUAGAAACUAAAAUUUAUAAAACUGAUUUUGCAUUGUGAUGUUAUAAAAUAACUUGCAGCAUGUGACCUCCUUAUGAACAAUUUAUACUUUUCUUAAAACAUUUUUGUUCUGAAGGACCAAUCCACAGAAAAUGAAGAGAGAGUGGGAUAAACCUUCCAUCUUGUGAUGGAAUGUGAAGAUAUCUGUAGUGGGCCAGUGCUGGUUCAUGCCAAAGCAAGGAGGUUAAUUCAGGUGUCCAUGUGAGUACCAGGGACGGAAAGGCUUAGGCCAUCUUCCAGAGCCUUUUCUAGAUCUUAACAAGGAGCUGAGUUGCAAGUGGAGCAGACAGGCCAUGAACUCGCACCAACAUGGGAUGUUAGGUUUACAGGUGGUGGUUAUAUCCACUACACCCUCAUGGUGGUCCUAAUCCUCCUCCUUCAAAAUAAUACUGUGUACUAAUUUCUUAGCCUGGGUUUUAUGUUCAUAAGCACAAACCCAUCUCAUUUCUUUUCAAUCCUGUAUUUUCAUUGUCAACUCAUUGACCUUGUUAUCUUCCUAUUUUGAUAAAAUGAAUUACACAUUUGGUUGCUACUUUUAAUCAUUCAUUGGAGUCUAUACUAAAAUCAGCUUAGUAAUAUAGUUGGAAUAUUUCAGUGCAAUCAUUAGACAUGUUGUCAUUAUAAUAUGUAUAAUUCAUUGUCCAGAAACUCCUUAAUUAUAUAUCAUUUCAUAUGAAUUUCAAAUGAUGUGAUACACACCAAGAUUUCAUUAUAUGUAGAAGUGAUUCUGCAAACUUUUCCAUCUGUUCAUUUUGUUUAUUAUAAAUUUUGCUUUGAUUUUCUUUUGCCAGUGCCAGACAUAAGAAGUUUCUAUUUGAUGUAAUCCCAAUUGUUAAUUUUCGCUUUGAAUGCCUGUGACUCUGGGCUCUUUUCCAAGAAUUCUUUGCCUGUGCCUAUAUCUUGCAGGGUUUCUCCAAUGUUCUCCAAUUAUUUGAUGGUGUUGGGUCAUAGAUUUAGAUCUUUAAUACAUGUUGAGUGGAUCUUCGUGUAAGGUGUAAGAUAGGGGUCUUGCUUCAUGCUUCUGCACGUGGAAAUCCAGUUUUCCCAGCACCAUUUGUUGAAUAGACUAUCCUUGCUCCAGGCAUUGGUUUUAGAUCCUUGAUCAAAUACAGGUUGGCUGAUGAUGUUUAGAUUGAUUUCUGGUGUUUCUAUUCUGUUCCAUUGGUCUACCCAUCUGUUUCUGUACCAGUACCAUGCUGUUUUGAAUAUAACAGCCCUGUAGUAUGUCUUGAAAUGUGGUAUUGUGAAGCCUAUGGCUGUGUUUUGUUGUACAAGAUUGCUUUAGCUAUUUGAGAUAUCCUGUGUCUCCAUAUGAAUUUCAGCAUCAUUUUUUACAGAUCUGUGAAGAAUGUCUUUGGUAUUUCGAUUGGUAUGGCAUUGAAUCUAUAAAUUGCUGUUGGGAGAAUGGACAUGUUGAUGAUACUGAUUUUUCCGAUCCAUGAGCAUGAAAGAUUUCUCCAUUUUUUGGUAUCAUCUUCUAUUUCUUUCUUUAAGAUUUUGGAAUUCUCAUCAUAGAGUUCUUUAACA